CAGCAUAUUGCACCUCCAUCUCCCAUUUCUGAUUUUAGUAGCUCUGAAAAUAAACUACCCACAAUCAACUUCUCAUCAACUAAUUUAAUUAUUUAACUGCCACAGGUGUAACCCAGAGCCAUGGUUACCAUCCCCAGUGAUUGAGAUCCCAGUCAGCUGGGUUGAUUAGUCCAAUGGGAGCUAGCGCUGGCUUAGAAAGCUGCAUGCAAACACAUGAAAAUAACUAGAUGAUAUCUCACUUGGUUAUGACUGUUCAGUGACAUUCGGCUGUGCUGUAGGAGCCUCCAUUUCAGCACAAAGGGUGUAAUGGUAAGCAGCUGGAUUACACACUCACAGACCAACACGAUAAAGAGGAAUCAGGACCUUGCUGAUAACUGAAGAUGUGAUGAUUCAUUUCUAAGUCUUGAUGUUUAACUGAUCUGCUCCACUCAUUGGACUAUUAAAGGACAAGCUUAGAUGGACUCCAACCAUCACAGAUCUGCAGAAACCUUCAUCUUUCAUAAAAACCUCAAAGUCCUGUCUGACAUGGGUCUGGCCCUGUGCAGACAGUCUCACAGCCACAUGGCCAAAGUGGUUCUAGUGGGCCUGGACGGGGCAGGGAAGUCCACCCUCCUCCACCGCCUUAUUAGGGGCGAGCUGGCGCACACCACCCCCACCGUAGGCUUCAACGUGGGCUCGCUGGAGCUGGACUCUGGCCCGGAGCUGACCGUGUGGGACAUAGGGGGCCAGGGGGGCAUGCGUGCCCAGUGGGGAGACCACAUGGAGGAAUGCGAUGCCCUGCUGUUUAUGGUGGACGGGGUAGACCGGGUACGGAUCGGGGAGGCAAGGGCGGCGUUGGGGAGAGUGCUGGGGGAUGAGAGGGUGAGGGGGGUCCCCCUAAUGGUGCUGGUUAAUAAGAUGGACCUCCCAGAGGCGAUGGGGCUCCAGGAGGUGACGGGCGGGCUGGGGCUGGGGCAGUGCUGGGAUAGAGACUGGGAGGUGCAGGGGUGCAGCGCUCACAACGGCCUGGGGCUCCAAGAGGCCCUGGACUCCUUGGCCACACUCAUCAAAAAGCGCUGAGGGAGAACUCAGACACACAAGGAUAUAUGGAACAUUUUGGCAAAUACACAGAUCAAUGGACAAGGAAUGGGCUCUCAUAUACAAACAGGUAAAGAAUAGGCACACACACAUUUGGAGAAAAGGGAACCUGUGAGGCUUUUCAUAAGCUAACUGUGCUCCUAUCACUAACUAGCCCUGUCUCACAGUAUGCAUCAUGCCAGUAGGCUAUUUGAAUAUAGAAACAGUUGUGACAUUCACUAUGAAGGAAACUAUUCAAUGGGACUUGAGAAUCGCAGAUUGGAAUUAAAUGGCUACUUUUAUCAAAAGGACAAAAACCCAAUUAGAUCAUCCACCUGUUUUUACACUCACUGUAACAAUGACAUGUAUUUUACAUUAAACUAAUC